AUGCAGUGUCAUACGCUCAGCCGCUCUUCUAGCGACUGCUCCGACACCUCGGGUACUCCCCGGACCCCCGAGAGCAGCAGUAGUCUGAGCAGCUCGGACGACACUCACAAUGGCGCUCUCAAGCCCUCGGCCGUCCCCGAAACCGGAUCAUUUGCAGUGUUUGGGCCUGCGCAUUGCUAUGCGGCCCCCCUGAUUCUUGAUAUCCCCAUAUGCGGCACUGAGGAGGGCGCGGCCAUCACCGUUGUUGCACCCGCGACGCCGCUGGCGGCGCAGCAGCAGCCGCAGCAGCAGCAGCAGCAGCAGCAGCAGCUCUUCACCCUGCAGGCGCGCGCCGCGGGCACGCCCAAAGCCAAGGCCCGCCUCCGCAACGCCGCCGGCGCCGACGUGUCGUCCUUUGACCACGCGCCCAGCUGCUCCCCUGGCUCUGCGUUCCGGCUGCACAGCGGCGGCCGCUGCGUGACGAGCAGCCGCGUCGGCAGCGCGAAGACGGCCGUGCUGCGGGGCCAGCCAUGCAUCAAGGUCGCCCUGCGGGGGCUUCCUUAUGUCGGCAUCAUCAUCUCCGGUGACUGGGCCGCCCACACCUUCCAGAUCCUGCAGCACAUGCCCGGCCGCCGCAGCGAGCGCCUGCUCGCCUCCGCCUCCCCGCACCCCGCCGCGCCCGGCGCCGUGCGGCUGAGCGUGACCGCCGGCGUCGACGCCGCGUUUGCGGUGACCCUCGCGUGCGUCGCGUGCGCGUCCGCCGACUGCGCGGCGGACGCGCGUGGCGCGGGCGGCGCGGGCGCCGCGGCCGGGGAGCAGAAGGCGCUGCCCCGUGCGCCGGGCCCGCUGCCGGUGGCGCCUCCUCCGCCCCAGCCGCGGCCGCAGAGGCUGCCCGCGCAGUGGCACGAGGCACAGGCGGCUGCGCUCGCGGCUGCGGCGUCACGGCAGAGGCAGCAGGCCGCGCUGGCUUCAGCGCAGCGCCUAGCCAGCGAGCAGCACCACCAGCAGCAAGUGACGUCGUCCGCGCGCCUUCCAGCCAGGCCGCAGCUCGACACUUCAUUCUGUGGCUUGGCGCAGCUGAGCCUCGGCUGCAACGCACAGGCUGCACAGGCUGCUGCUGCCGUGCCUCCGUCGGCAAGCGCGCCGACGCCGCUGCAGGCGCACAUGCAGCAGCUGCAACAGCAACAGCAGCAAGAGGCGGAGCUGCAGCAGAUGCUGCGCCUGCUCCUGGAGCAGCAGCAGCAGCAGCAUGCAUCUGCUGUGGCCGAAAUGCAGCAGCGGGUGGCGCUGCAGGCAGCGUCGCUGUGGGGCCCGCAGGCGCAUGCUCCAGUCCUGCAGCCGCCCCUGUGGGCCGCGCAGCAGGCUGAACCGCUUCUGCCUUGGCGGUGA